AAUGCAUCUAAUUAAAGUUCCUUCAACUCAACAAAUUAUCACAGGCACAAACUCAUUAACACGACCAUGGCUUCUUCUAAUUCCUUCAAUCUUCUCUUCCUCUACAUCUUCUUCAAUUUCACAACCACCAAAGCACAAGUCUCUCCCAUCAUCAUGUACCCAUUUUGCCAAGACACCACCACCAACACCACUUACCAAGCAAACCUCAAGACCCUCUUGUCUUCCUUGGUUUCAAACGCCAUUUUCAACAGAUUCUACAACGACACAAUCCAAAACACAGUCUUCGGCCUAUUCAUGUGCAGAGGCGACGUGUCCCACAUACUCUGCCAACAAUGCGUCCAAAACGCGACCAACAAACUAUCCUCGUACCCACAGUGCUCCGUCUCCAAACAAGCCGUAACCUACUACGACGAGUGCAUGGUUCGCUACUCCAACGCCUCGUUCUUCUCCACCCUCACCACCGAACCCAGCGUACGCGAAUUCAACAAAGCCUACAUCUCCAGCAACGAAACCAUCUUCACGAGCCUCUUAUCCGACACCAUGAACCAAACCAUACAAGCAGCAACAAAUCCCAUGACAUGGGGCAGUAACUACUACGCCGCCAGACACGCGAACGUGUCGGACAUUCAGACGCUCUACUGUGUGGCGCAGUGCACCAUGGACCUCUCGCGUCAAGAUUGCGCCACCUGUCUCGCCAACGCAACAACCACGCUUCUGUUGUUAUACGAGGAGAAACAAGGAGGAAGAGUUUUGUACCCUAGCUGCAACGUUAGGUUUGAACUAUACCCUUUCUAUCAAGAAACCAAAAAUAGCUUAGAUUCUAACGGAUUAGGUGGACUCGUUCCCGAAACCAGAUAUGAAUAUCCACUUUCAGAUCCAAAAUAUUCUGGAUACAUUUCCCAUAACUGUUCCUCAAACCUUGCCAUUCUUCAAAACGAUGACGUUUCAUUCAAACCAUACACAAACCUCACGACUCUUUUUUCUUACUUGAUUUCUAAUGCCACCGACGGCGCUGAAUUUCAAAUGCAAGUUGGGAAUCUGUAUGGCUUGUUCAUGUGUCGCGGUGACGUGGAUAACCGUGCCGUUUGUGGAGAAUGCGUGCGAAACGCGUCGGAGAGGGUGGUCUCGGAGUGUCGUUUUGCCAACGAGGGUGUGAUUUGGUUCGAGUACUGUUUGGUUCGGUUUUCGGAUCGGGAUUUUUUCUCCGUAGUGGAGAGGAAUCCGAGGUUUCAGAAGUUGAACGUGACGAACCGUGACGAGCGGGAUGAUGAAAACUCGUUUACUUCUACGGUUUCGAAUAAGUUGGCUUGGAUGGAGAGCCAAACAGGAGGUAGUGGUUCCAGGUACCGGAAUGCGACGUUGGCGUUGAACCAGAUCCAAACGCUUUAUAUUGUGGCUCAGUGCACGCGAGAUCUUUCCAGCGACGAUUGUGAAGUAUGCUUAAGUGAUGUGGUAUCGGCGAUUCCUUGGCGUCGUUUGGGGAGCGUUGGUGGAAGAGUUCUGUACCCUAGCUGUUUUCUCAGGUUUGAACAGUUUCAGUUUUUGAACCAUUGGAUGGCCCCGUCGCUGUCUCCGUCGCCGCUGCCGCCGUCGCCGCCGUCUACCCCGCAACGUCCAGAAAUAAGAAGUUCGUCACGAACAACUGUCUCUAUUGUUGUUCCCGUCAUUAUCAUUUCGGUGAUACUCUUCUCUUUUGGAUGCUACUUCAUACGUACAAAAGCAAAGAAUUACAAGACCAUUCUCAAAGAAAAUUUUGGAGCUGAAAGUACUAAUGUAGAGCCAUUGCAAUUUGAUUUGGUUAUAAUCAAAGCAGCAACAAACAACUUUUCAGAUGAGAAUAAGAUUGGCAAAGGUGGAUUUGGUGAAGUUUACAAGGGCAUUCUUACUGAUGGAAGACAUAUUGCGGUAAAAAGACUGUCAAAAACUUCUAGGCAAGGUGCACAAGAGUUCAGAAAUGAGGUUUUAUUAAUAGCGAAGCUUCAACAUAGAAAUCUCGUGGAAUUCAUUGGAUUUUGUCUGGAUGAAGAAGAAAAAAUACUUAUAUAUGAAUACGUGUCAAACAAGAGUUUGGAUUACUUCUUAUUUGGUACUCAAUUGCAAAAGGUAUUCAAUUGGUCGGAGCGUUACACAAUUAUAGGAGGAAUUGCUCGAGGAAUUCUUUAUUUACAUGAAUACUCUCGACUUAAAGUUAUACAUCGUGAUCUUAAACCUAGUAAUAUAUUAUUAGACCAAAAUAUGAACCCAAAAAUUUCAGAUUUUGGUCUUGCUAGAAUUGUUGAAAUAGAUCAACAAGAAGGAAGUACAAACAGAAUUAUUGGAACAUAUGGGUACAUGUCUCCAGAGUAUGCAAUGUUUGGACAAUUUUCUGAGAAAUCAGAUGUUUACAGUUUUGGAGUUAUGAUUUUGGAGAUUAUCACCGGAAGAAAGAAUGUGGGUUCUUAUGAAUCAUAUGGUGUUGUUGAUGGUCUUCUAAGUUUUGUUUGGAGACAAUGGACGGACCAAACACCGCUGAACAUAUUAGACCCAAAAUUGAGAGGAGAUUAUUCCAAAAUUGAAGUCAUUAAGUGCAUUCAAAUUGGUUUAUUAUGUGUUCAAGAAAAUCCGGAUGCUAGACCUUCAAUGUUGGCAAUUGCUUCAUAUCUUAGCAAUCACUCAAUUGAAUUGCCACCUCCACUAGAACCAGCAAUCUUUAUCUUGAAUAGUAAAAUGAAUCCACAGAUAGUUACACAUGAAUCAAGUUCCAGUCAAUCUGCCAAGAAUUCCACUCCAUUAUCAAUCAAUGAAAUGACUAUAAGUGACUUCUAUCCUCGGUAGAUAUUUAAUUUCUCUUUCCAUUUAUAUAGUAGUGUUUUUAAAUUGUAAUGAAAUUUCGUUUGGCACCUUUAUUGGUAGAGAUCAAACUAUGAAGUAUGUUUUAUUUCAUUUUUCAAUAUUUUGUACAUUGCACACAAAUUUCACGUUUCAUGUUUUCUUAGUAGCUUACCGUUUAAA